CCGCAGCGCAGCUCGGGAUUUGCCUACAGGUGUCUCCUCGGUUUGACUGUCACAGCAGCCCGGCGGCGGGUGGGCGGGCCUAUCAUUUCUCGGUUUGUCUCCGCCCUGCGCAUCCCGUCCGCACACGAACACUCUCCUUUCUCCUUCCUGCCGGCGAGACGCAUCAACUCUCUCCACUCCGAGCGGGCGCUGCGCCGUUCAAAGGCCGGACAUCGUCUCCUCUCCUCCGGCUGCACACGGAAUCAAGCCGCGGUUCUCAGCGGGAAGCCUGAAGCAGGAACAAUCAUGGCCGACUUGGACAUCCCACAGAUGAAGAGAGAAGUGGAAAGUCUUCAGUAUCAGCUAGCGAUCAACAGAGAGAAAUCCUCCAUCACCGUCACUGAGCUGGUGAAGUGGAUUGAAGGCUGCGUUUGUGAAGAUCCGUUUCUGAACCCCGAGCUGAUGCGAGCCAACCCCUGGGUGGAGAAGGGAAAGUGUGUGAUCCUCUAAUGAUCACACACACACAUCACAGAUGCACACGCUCUAAAGAACCAUGCACUUCCACACACAACCUUGCUGCACUAACUCUUACACUCACUCCCUCUCAGACACAUCCCUGAUUUUAUUUAUUCAGAUUCCUGAAUGCUGGUACCUGACGUGAAGCCCUGUGUGUGUGUGUGUG